AUGAAUGUUUCAAAUUUAUCAAGGAUACCUAUACCAUAACUAAUAAUUUCACAACUUUUAACAAAAGACUUAUUUCUUGAAUUAAAGCAAAGUAAAACAUUUCCUGUGAUUAUCAUUCAAUUAAUGGUAUCACUCUUUUUGAUUAUAUAUUCCUACUCAUAAAUUGAAUAUGAUAUAGAACACCCUUAACUUUUAAUAAGCUUUUUCUUUUCAUUAUAUUAUUUUACCAUAUCACUUAAAUCUUAAUAAUCUUAAGCUAGUCUAUUAUUUACAGAAAUAAGCAAUGCAAAUAAAUAAGAUAAUGUUAAAUUUAAUAAGAAUACAUCCUAAUUUGACUUAGAUUAAAAUAUUAACUCAGCGUGUCUAAGAGAAGCUACACUCUAUGAUUAAUCUAUUAUUGAUACAACUUAUCAUGGUUUGUAAUACUUAAAUGAAGGUUUAAUCAUUUUAGGAACUGAAUCAGAAAAUCCUCAUUUUCCAUAUUCACUUAAAUAUACUAAUUAAGCAACUAAAGUUAUUUUCGCAAAAGAAACUGAAUCUGAAAUUAUGCAUUUUUUAGAAAAUCUCAUUAUUUUCACAGGAAAUGAUUAUACUGAUGGAUUAUUUCAUUUAUCAUAGUUUCAGAGAAGAUUUUCUUAUUAUAGUAUGAAAUAGAGUGAAGUUAAAGAUCAAUUUACAUCAUAAAAUAAAAAUUCAAUCCAAGAUUCUUAAUUUGAUUAAUUACAUAAAUAUCAAUUCAAAUAAGCAUUAGAAAUGUUAUUUAAACCUUCUAAUUAAGAAUUUUUGGUUGUUUAAGCUAAUUUGCAUUAAAAAUCUUCAACAACAACUAAUUAAUUACUUUAGACAUCAUCAACUAUGAUUAAUUCUGAAAAUUAUUAAUUAGUUGAAUUAACUUUGACAUUAAAUAAGAAUAAAAAUAUUAUUAUAAUUUGUAGAGAUGUUACUCAUAGAUAAAAAAUAAGAUAUUUAAGAGAAUAUGAUAAAUAAAAAUCUAAAAUGUUAGCAUUUGUUAGUCAUGAAUAUAGAUCACCUUUAAAUUGUAUAAUAUAGAUUUUAGAAUGUGUUAUGAAUGAUCAAGCAAUUUAAGAUAAUUCAGAUUUAAUAGAAUAAUUAUAAGUAGCAUCAGAUAAUUCAAAUUACAUUCUUAAUUUAUCUAAUGAUUUAUUAGAUUUAGCCUAAAUUAAAAAUGGAAAAUUUAGAAUUGAUAAGGUACCUUUUAAUUUAGAAACAUUGAUUUAAGAAUGUAUGAAAAUGUUUGAAUUAAAGGCUAAAAUGAAAAAAGUAGAAUUUAUAUUUAAUCUUGGUUCUCAAAUACCAAAGAUAGUAUUUUCUGAUAGAAGUAGAAUCAAAUAAAUAAUUAUUAAUUUAUUAAGUAAUGCAUUUAAAUUUACUUAAAAUGGGUAGAUAUCAAUCAAUGUUUAAAAGAUUAAUUCUAAUAUGUUGAGAAUAGGAGUUAUGGAUGAAGGUAUUGGAAUUUCAGAUGAAGAUUAAAUGAAAUUAUUUAAAGCAUUCUCAAAAGUUAAUUCAGAAGAAAGCAAAAAAUUAAAUUAAUAAGGUGUAGGUUUAGGUUUAGUAAUAAGUAACCAAAUAGCUUAAACAAUAGGUUCUACUGGAUUGUAACUUGAAUCAAGCAAUAAGUAGGAUAAUCAUUAUUCAAAUUUUUAUUUUGAUUUACCUUUAGAAUAACCACUUAGAAAGAAAGUAUCUAGUUUUAAAAUUCCAGAAAUUUCACUUCAAGUUUAAGAGGUAGAGGAAAUAGCAAGUUUUAAAUAUAUACAUUCUCAUAUUAAGGAGGAUUCAUCAACUUCAUAAAUGUGUUCACAUUAUUUAAUUGUAGACGAUGAUUGUUUUAAUAUUUUUGCUAUGAGAGGAUUAUUUUAAUAAUUAAUAAAGAACAAAAAAUAUUUAUUUUAGAAUGAUUUUGAUGUUGAUUCAGCUUUAUCAGGAUAGGAAAGUAUUGAUAAAAUAAAAAAUAAAAAAUGUAGUAAUUCCUGUUAAGGAUAUAAAAUAGUAUUUAUGGAUAUAGAAAUGCCUUUUAUGAAUGGUUAAGAAACUACAGAAAAGAUUCUUAGCAUUUAUCCAAAUUAAAUAAUUGUUGGAUGUAGUGGACAUUCAGACCAAUAAGAAUAUGAAAAAUCAAUUAGUUGUGGAAUGUCUGAUUUUUUAGUUAAACCAAUAAAUGAAACUUAAUUAAUUUAAGUACUUAAAAAGUUUACUUGA